GGGUCCUGUUCUUGCACGUGGCGGCGGCGGCGGCGGCGGAGGGGUGACGAUGGCGCCUCUAACGGCGGGUGGCGGAGGCCAGGCGUCCUCACCCUUGGAUCCCUAGAUGUGCUGGGAAGAAGCGAAUUUGUACCCUUCAAAGCUCUACACAAGACCAUGCACCAGCCUUCCUCACAGGGCUCUUCACUCUGUUAUAGGAGGCAAUGCUGUACGGUGUUAACUUCCAGUUCCAAGUUCUGUUCAGUCUUUCGCCACCUUCCUUAGCGGUUUUUUCUACGUGCUGUGCUUCUUACGUGACAAAAUGCCGAAAAGAAAAUGUAGAUUUUCUGUCGAGCUACAGAGGAAGUAUACCUGUUUCAGAAGAGGUAGAGAUGACUUCGAAGGCGAAUGCCUGGUAUGUAGACCGGGUACGUUCGUCUCUGUGGCACAUAAAGGAGGACGCGACCUGCAAUCGCACAUGGACUCCGAGAAACACAAAAUGGCAAUUCGAGGAGAAGCUUCUUCAGCAAAAUUGGCAAACGUUAUGGUAAAACCCUGUAACAGCAAAUGGGAAGAUGAAGUGACCGCAGCAGAAGGGACUUUCGCUUUUCACACCGUCAAACACCACCACAGUUAUAACGUGAUGACAUGCACUUCAGGCCUCUUGAAGACAAUGUUCCCGGAUUCUGAUAUUGCAAGGAAGUUUUCAAGUGCAAAAACCAAGACAGAGGCAAUUGUAAAUUCUGUACUGGCUCCCGAUUGUUUGGAAAACGUUCUGAAAAGCCUUGAAGAAAACGAAAUAGGUUAUUGUGGCGUUUCUACUGACGCGAGUAACCACGGUCCGGUCAAGGUGGUUGCAAUAGUUAUUCAGUAUUUUGACUGGAAAAGUGGCGGUUUGCAGUCCAAAAUAAUUGAAAUGAAAAGCCAACCCAACGAGAGUGCAGAUACAAUCUUUUCAUACGUGAAGGAAACUCUGGAGAGUAAAGGACUGCUAAAGAAAUGCAUAGCGUUCACAGGUGACAACUGCAACACAAUGUUUGGAGGGACACAGCAGGAUUCAGAAGGAAGGAGUGUGUUUGCAAAAUCGAAGUGUGAGCUGGAUAACAAAACUUCAAUUGGUGUGGGAUGUCCAGCGCACAUUUUGAAUAACUGUGUCCAUCAGGCAGCAGACACGUUGGACGUUGACGUUGAGAGCAUCAUUUUCAAGAUAUACCAGUAUUUUCAUAUCUAUAGAGUCCAAACGGAGCAGUUAAAGGAGUACUGUGAAUUCGUGGACACUGAAUACAAAAAGCUGCUGUCCCACAGCAAAACACGCUGGUUGACGUCCUUUCAAGGCAUCACUAGACUCAUUCAGGUAUUUCCAGCCGUCAAGGCCUUUUUCCUCUCGCAGAAUAAACCGCCAACAGUGUUGCAGGAGUUUUUUGAGCAUGAGUUUAGCGAGGCUUAUUUAUUGCACCUGCAGUCUCUGAUGAGUAUGUUUCACUCCUACAUUUUAGAACUUGAAAGGGAGAAUAAUUCGGUCGUGGAGAUUCUGCAAGUUCUGCUUUGUGUCCAGAACAUGCUCGCUGAACGCAGGAGCAACAGCUUCAUGUCCCUCAAGGUCAAGAGCCUUCUGAAAGAGAAGCGUGAGGCAGGUCUCGGCACGGAGUGUGACAAAUUCUGCGCAGAGGUUAAUAGCUUCUAUGACAGCUGCAUAGAGUAUCUGGAAAAAUGGAUGGAGCCCAUGAAGGAGUUUUCAUGCUUCAUGUGGAUGUCUCUUAGUGAGUCGCUAGAGUGGGACAAAGUAGGACCUUCCAUAAAGUUUCUCCUGGACAGGGAUGUGUCCAUAGAUGAGGGGAAGUGCUUCGAUCAAUUCUGCAACCUUGAGAAGUUUGUGGAUCAGUUUAAAGGUGACGACGAGUUCAUUAAGCUCCAGGCACACCAGAAAUGGACCAAGUACUUUGAGACUUCCAAAAAUGUUAUGUGCCACUCGGAACUUUUGAAGAUGGCCCAGGGUUUUUUUGCCCUCGCGUCGCAUCCUGCAAACGCGGGGUUCUCUUUCUCUCUGAGCAAAGAGAGAGGCAACUUAUCCUUGGACUCGCUGCGAAGCAUGGUGCUACUGCAAUAUAAUUACAAGCACGUUACUUGCAAGGAAUUUCACGCCUAUCUCUUAAGCAAUAAGCAGCUGUUGAACAAGAUCAGAUCUACAGAGAAAUACGCUUGGGCCAAACAGCGUCGGACAGAAGAACGAAGUGCCUCUGAAAGUGUUUCAGGAAUUUCAUACAGCGUACCGAUGUAUUGAAACACAUGUUCUAUUUUUUUAUUGUAAUUUGAGCACAUUUACUUUUACAAUUUGUUACGUAUUCGAUUAUAACCACUUCGAUCGUUUGUAUUACUAUUAUUUUAAAAUGAGAGUCGUCAUAGCGAUCCGUAGUUAAAGACAGAAGUCAGGAAAUGUGUAUUCUU